AUGAACGACUUCAGUGAGGAGUACGAUUUUAUGCAAAGAAUACAUAAAAUCGAUGGACAAGGGAAGAAUGACUAUACAUUGAAGGAGGGGAUUAAGAAGAAAGACGAGGAAGGGCAUUUUGGAAGAGAAAAAUUGGAAAAAGAUUUUUAUUUAAAAAGUAAAUAUGACAAGUACAGUAGCACACUAAGCGGUUUCGAGAAGGAUGAUAAAUUUUUAUACAUGAACAGAUUAAAAAAUGAAAACGAGAAGGAUAUGAAGAAGCGAGAGAGCAGCUCGAACCGCAGUAGCAUUAACGAGUUAGCCAAGGUUAACGAAGUGGUUUAUUACAUUCACGCGAAUAAAAAAAAUGUGUAUGAAUAUAUAACUAAUCAAACAGAUUUAGAGAAUACGUAUUAUCAGAUAGAGGAAAAGCCACGUAAUAUAUCAGGAAAUUUGGUGAAAGAAAAUGAAGAAUAUGUGUACUUAAACGAUAAUGCCUAUUACAAAUUUAAGAUAAUGAAAGAUGAUAAGGAGGAUGAGGAAGGAGAGAAAGGGAUUGGGGAAGCGAAUGAAAAAUUAAAGUACACAUUAGAUGGAAGUAAGAAUGUGAUAAUCGAAAAUAUGAUUGAGUCAGACAAUAUGUUGUUACACCUGUGUAACACUUUUUUUUCCGUUAAAGAUUGGGUGAAAAAUAUCUUGAUAUUUUUAAGUAAAAUUUUUCACUUUAAUUUUUUGGACUACACAUACAUAAAGAAUUACUCAUUGACAAAUUAUUUCGAUAAAAAUGUGAAGGAUUAUAUGAAAUAUUUGAAGAAGAACGAAGACUUAAGAUUAAUAAAUAAUGAUUUUCUUGCGAGGAGAAAAUACAUUCCUCCGUAUUUCGUGUACAAUUGCGUUGACUGCAAUUAUAAUACCAAUGACAAUGGAAUAAUAAUCUUGUCAUCCAUUCUUCCAUUCAUUCAUAGAUUCGACUAUGAUUACAAAUUGCGGCAAAUGAGAACGAAGGAGGAGGAGUUGGAUAACAUACUGAAUAGUGAAAAGGGGAGGAAAGGAGGUGGAGAUGGAGGAAUUGGUAGCCGAUUGCUAGAUUCGAUUAGACGCAUUAGGAACUUCUUCUUCGGCAAUUUAUUUGAAGAGAAUUCUUCUGGAAAUAAUGUGGGUGGUGGAUAUGGAGAUGGAGGCACUGCGGCAAGCAACAACACGAGUGAAUACACGGAAUUUUUAAAAAAGUUCGAAAAUAGCAUAAACGAGGAAGGGGAAUUAAUUCAAGAUAUUUUAUUUUCUGGAAAGGCACAAAUGAUAUUUAUUAAUUUUAAGCAGAUAGAAAACAAUUUCAACAAUGUCAUCGGUAAUGUAGAAAUAAAGAACGAGAGAGUUCAAGUGAGCAAUUUAAUCCUUGGUUAUGAAAAAAGAGAGCAUAUAAAAUAUACGGAUAUAUUAAUUUCUAACAUUUUAAAAAAUAUCAAAAAGAAAUAUCCUGAUAUGGUUAUCAAUGAUGAAAAUCCAAGGCAGUUCAUUUAUGAAGAGAAUGAAUUUUCAGAUAAAUAUGCUCCAAAUGGAGAGGAAAACUUUCAUCAUGAUUACUCCCCUUUGAGUAAUAAAGACGGUGAGGCGACGAUGACUGAUAGUGUAGACAUGCAUAUGAAGAAGGAACACUACAUGUUGUCAGACUUGAAGGAGUAUGUGUACAAUGCCCCUUCGCAUUUGAUGAAAGACAAAAGAAACAAUUGUGAGUAUGUAACAUGUGUGUGCUUUGAUAACAAUUCAAAUAAUUGUAAUUUGAUAAAUAAUUUUGUUCUAGGUUACAAUACUGGAAAAGUGGAAUACAUUUAUGGGAAGAUCGUAUACAGUAAUAUAAGUCAUUGCGAUUUGUUGAUAGAUUAUUACUCCAAGAAGAAUAAGAAAUUUUCAUACGAAUUGAGCAAGAGGAUUUUUCUAAACGGCGCGGUGAUAAAAGUUGCCUUUGCGCCGAACGGUUUUUUUUGUCUAGUGUUAACAAGUAAAACGUUAUACAUUUGCAAUUUUUUUUAUUUCUCCAUUUAUGAGAUUCCGAAUAUUUGUUUUAAGUCGCAUUUUGUGAAUUUCCUCUGGAUAAAUAAUAAUAGUUACUCCGUUUUUACUGAUAAUGGGAAUGUGUACUUGUACGAGAAGAGUUUAAAGAAUGAUGGGGUGAAUAGUUUCUCCCUGAUGAAGACAUUUUGCGUGCAGCAGCCCAUUUAUUUGAACUCCAUUUGUGAGUACCAUUUGUAUAGCAACUGCAUCUACCUGUACACGGGCGAAAUAGAGAAAAGAAGGAGGAGUAAAAAUGGCAGCCAUCAUUUGUUCAAGAAGAAGAAGAAGAGGAAUAAACAUAUGAGUGAUUACUUUUACAAAUACGAUUGCAAUUUUGUUAUUAUCGACUUGAAUGCAGAUGUGUGGAGAGGUGUUAGCGGUUGUGGAGAAGGAGGGAUUAGCGCACGAGUAAAUGAAGAUGGCUUGAUCGGUGGAGUCAACCUACUAAAGGAUAAUAUGUCUGACCUAGAAAACAAUAUGAAGCAAAUAAAAAUAUUGGAGAGAUUGAUAGAGAAUGGAAAUAACUUAGAUGAAGAAGAUGUGAACCUUGAAAACAUGUUGCACAUUAACAUAAAGGAUUUUAACAAUUACAUUUCGACGAUUAAGGAUGGCAAUAACCAUUUAUAUUCUGGUGAAAGUGGAGAGGAAGCGAACAUGGUGAGGAGAGACAAUUCUAAAGGGGAAUUCUCCAUGAAAAAACUGUUAAUAAAUUACAUAAAAGAUGUAAAGAAGCAUUUGUACAAUUUGAAGGAUGAAAAUAUUAUUAACAUUUUAUUGCCGAGGUAUUACAGCACAGGGGAUGAUUACAGUCACCGAAAUUUUUUGAACAUUCGAUUUUUUACCAUCGAGAAGUCGGACAAUAAGCAUCUCAUAGCGUUGGAUACUGAAACGGAUUAUGUGUAUAUUUACAAGAUAAGGAAAAAUGUGUACCUAGACGAUGAGGCGUUGGAAAUGUUAAAGAAUAAUCCUUACAGCGUUAAUAAUAACCCACUACACAUGUUCUACGCGAACUACUUGAAGAGGGAAUCGUGCCUAAAGGAAGAGUGGAAAAUUUACAAUGAUUAUAUUUAUGUAAAUACAAAGAAGAUGAAGAAGUACAUCAAGUACAACUUGCUUUACAUAAUUAAGAAUCACAAGAAGAUGUUUUUUCCCCUGCAUGUGUACGUUAUAAACACCAAGUUUAAUGAAAGCGAAUAUUUUUUAUUCAUUAAAUGGGCAACUAUCAAGAACACAUUUAUAUAUGCUUCGUACAGUUCUCUUAACAGAGUAACCAAGAUGAAGGAAUACUUCCGGAAGGACGAUGAGAAGCUACUUAAGGUGUUAGAACAUCCAAAGAACAUUUUUCUAUACAACAUUAAUGAUAAAGGUGGCGAUUUGCCGUACUUGCCUAGAUUGAACGGAUUUGGUCAUCCUCCUCACCUCUUGGAUCCAAGGGGUAAAUUCAUAGGGAAGGAACAUCUCGCUGAGAAUGUAAUCCAUGGAAAUGGGGCGCUUGGGAUGAAUAACCAUUUGCUGUAUAAUAAGGGCAGAAUCCAUGAAUAUAGGGACAACGUAGGAAACCCCAUCAAGGGAUUCAACCCUUACACUGGGAAUAAUGAAGAUUAUUUGAAUAAAACUCCUUUGAAAAAUGUAGGCAGAAAUUUUUACACCUCUCCCAUUGAUCAGAUGAGUGCAAAUAUGGCUUACCCGUUUAAAGGGGGCCCUAAGUAUAGCGACAAGGACAUGUACACUGAUUAUUAUAUGAACAGCUCGGUUAAGGAACCAGAUUACGGGAAUUUCUCUAACUACGGCGACUACCUAAAUGAGAGCACCAGAAAGCAGAACGAGUCCGAUAAAAAGUGGUCCUACUUGAGGAAAAUAAAUAUUUUUAAUAAAAAGGAUGAGGAUAUAAAUGAAAACAGCUAUAUGAACACGAGACACACGUACAAUCAUCAUGCGGAUUCGAAACACAUGCAACAACAUACAGGUGGUGGUCAUAUGUUAAACUUGGAUAAUGAUGAUCCCAUUUUAGGGGAUAUGAAGAAAGGGAAUUUUUAUUCGUCACCUGAACGGUUCAGGUAUAAGAGAUUACAUGAUCCAGCGGAUAGCUCCAAAAUAUUGAAUGACGAUCACACGAACAUGAGCGAUUUUUACUACAGGCAUAAUGCAGGUAGGUACCAUUCUAACAGUAUUGGUAGUGAUAAUUACGACCCAUAUGCUCUAAAAAACGAUAUGUAUAAUUACCGAAAUAUGAACAUGGAUUUAAAUGGCAACAGUGCUACACAUAAUGUGAACGCGCAUGGUGACAUGUAUCGAGGGCCUAACGAUGGGAGUUACUUCGCCAGUGACGUAGACAAGUCUACGGGCGGCAAGGGGAGGAACGUAUACAGCAACAGGGAUAUCAACGAUGUGAAUCCAGUGUACAGUGACAAGGAGUACAGAAACAGGUAUAAGAACUUUCAGUUCGAACGAUAG